AUGGUGAUAGUGGUAAUGUCUGCAACAGCGACACCAAUAGAGAUAUUAGUGGUGGUGGUGGAGGUGGUGGUAACAAUACAAAUAGUGAUGGCAUUGACAAUGUGGUGUUUGGUAGCGAUGUUAGUGGUGGUAGCCAAUGGUAGCAACAUUGGUGGUAGUGUUAGUGACGGUAGUCACAGAGGUAGUAUUAGUAAUAGUGGCAAUAAUGUCAAUUAUGUUGGUGGCAAUGGUGGUGUCAGUGAUGGUGGUGGUGGCAAUAAGUGGUGGUGUGGUGGUGGUGGUGACAAUAGUCACAGAGGUAGUAUUAGUAGUGGUGGUAAUAAUGUUAGUUAUGUUGGUGGCGAUGGUGGUGUCAUUGAUAGUGGUAGUAGUAAUGUUGGUGGUGGUAUUGUUGUCGUGGUGACAAUGACAAUGACGGUAACAUUAGUGGUGGUAGUAACAAUGACAAUGGUAAUGGCGAUAAAAACCUAA